AUGUAUACGCCAAGGUAUCCCUCGGCGUCCCCAGCUGGGAUUCCCCAUUGGUCCAGGAACUGGCGCAAGCACGAAGCAAUAUACUUCCACCACGAGCACACCUCUAGUCAGAUUGAGCAGACAUGCCGCAAGCGUAGAGCCCGCUUCGGCAAACACCUCCGUGCCUUGCUGGAACGCCCUCAGCAGCAGCUCGUCUUCGUCUUGAACCGCGUCCGCGAUGGCCCUUUCGUAGUCUCCGGAUUCCAGGUGCCGGGAGUUGAGCAGGAGUCGUCCAAAGUUGUCGCUGACGUGAUUCGCCACGUCCACCGCGACACUAUAGAGCCAUCAGAAGUUCCCGGCGAUACUCCUUUUUUCCGUCCUCUUGUGUCCAUCAUAGACUGCGGAGAAGAGCAACGUUUCUUCUAG